AUGCGCCUUCUUAUACUAGCUGUGUUAUGUGGUCUUGCCACGGCAGCGGUUUACCGGCAUCCAAUGCUGUGGAAGAAAUCAAGAAAGAUCCAAAUGAUUGAACGAGGAGUCUACGCCCAGUACCUUCAACGACUUGAAUCACUACGCUAUGUUAUGAACCUUGACACGAUGGGACAACGGGACUACGAGUACGUAGGAAACAUUACCAUCGGUACACCUGGUCAGCCGUUCGUCGUGGUACUUGACACCGGUUCUGCUAACCUAUGGGUCCCACAUACAAAAUGCGAGUGA